CGGAGAAGUUUAAGUAGACAUCGCGGCGACCCUCCCGGAGACGCGCGGCGCGGGCCAGCGGCAGAACCAUGGCGGGAGGGGAAGACCGCGGGGACGGGGAUCCGGUAUCAGUGGUGACCGUGCGGGUGCAGUACCUGGAGGAUACCGACCCCUUCGCAUGUGCCAACUUCCCAGAGCCACGACGGGCCCCCACCUGCAGCCUGGACGGGGCGCUGCCUCUAAGCGCUCAGAUUCCGGCGCUGCACCGCCUGCUGGGGGCUCCGCUCAAGCUGGAGGACUGUGCCCUGCAGGUGUCUCCCUCCGGAUUUUACCUGGACCCCGAGCUGUCCCUGGAAGAGCAGCGGGAGAUGCUCGAGGGCUUCUAUGAUGAGAUCAGCAAAGGGCGGAAGCCUACGCUGAUCCUGCGCACCCAGCUCUCCGUAAGGGUCAGUGCCAUCUUGGAAAAGCUGUAUGGCUCCAGUGGCCCUGAGCUCCGCCGCUCCCUCUUCUCACUGAAGCAGAUCUUCCAGGAGGACAAAGACCUCGUACCCGAAUUCGUCCACUCAGAAGGGCUGAGUUGCCUGAUCCGCGUGGGUGCUGCUGCUGACCACAACUAUCAGACCUACAUCCUCCGAGCACUGGGCCAGCUGAUGCUUUUUGUGGAUGGGAUGCUAGGAGUGGUGGCCCACAGUGAGACUGUGCAGUGGCUGUACACACUGUGUGCCAGUCUGUCCCGCCUGGUGGUGAAGACAGCCUUGAAGCUGCUGCUGGUGUUCGUGGAAUACUCAGAGAACAAUGCACCGCUGUUCAUCCGUGCAGUCAACUCUGUAGCCAGCGCCAAUGGCACUCUUCCGUGGGCCAAUCUGGUGUCCAUCCUGCAGGAGAAGAAUGGUGCUGAUCCCGAAUUGCUGGUGUACACAGUGACGCUCAUCAACAAGACACUGGCAGCACUCCCAGAUCAGGACUCCUUCUAUGACGUGACAGAUGCCCUGGAGCAGCAGGGCAUGGAGGCCCUGGUCCACCGCCACCUGAGCACAGCCGGCACGGACGUGGACCUGCGCACACAGCUCGUACUGUAUGAGAGCACCCUGCGGUUGGAGGAUGGUGACACAGAGGAAGCAGCAACCUGUACUGCCAGUGGUGGGCGCCGGGAGCGUAGGAAACCUUCAUCAGAGGAGGGCAAAAGGAGUCGCCGAUCUCUGGAAGGUGGGGGAGGACCUGUGCGAACCCCAGAGCCUAGCCCAACAGGCCCCGCCUCCAGCCCGACAGGCCCCGCCUCCAGCCCUUCGACUCCCACCUUGCUGAUAGGCCCCGCCUCCAGGCCCUCAGGCCCCGCCUCACCGACAGGCACCGCCUCCAGCCCUGCAGUUCCCACAUCGCCCAGAGGCCCCGCCUCACCGACAGGCACCGCCUCCAGACCCAUGAGCCCUCCGUCCAAUCCCCAUGCUUCGAUGAGCUUCUUUCCUAUCAUCUCAGCAGACAGUUCCUGCGAGAGGAGUGUCUAUAAAGCCCGGUUCCUGGAGAAUGUGGCAGCAGCGGAAACAGAGAAGCAGGCUGCACUGGCCCAGGGCCGGGCGGAGGCCCUGGCUGGGGUCAUGUCCGAUGAGACUGACGGGCACCCAGAUACUCGGGAACUCUGGAGCUCCCCCGAGGCAGCCCCUGGACCCAGAACACCCCAGAGCCCUACCCACCGAGUGCUGCUCUGGUCCCAGCGAAGCCUUGACCCAGAGUCCAGAGAGCUACCGUCUCCACCACGCCCCAAGGUUGAGCCCACCCAGGAGCUUCCGGCCCGAGUCCCCAAGCUCUGCAUUGGGGACCUGGACUUUUCAGAUCUGGGGGAAGACGAGGACCAGGACAUGCUGAACAUGGAGCCUAUGGAGACUGGGAAAGGGGUCCCACCCCCACCACCCCUACUACCCUCAUUCUCUGGAGGCCCACCACCUCCCCCACCGCCACCUCCCCCACCCAUCAAAGGUCCCUUCUCGCCACCCCCUCCACCCCCCAUUGCCCCUCUUCCUCCCUCUGCACCUGAUGGCCCAGCCUUUCCCACCAAGAGGAAGACUGUGAAACUCUUCUGGCGGGAGUUAAAGCUGACUGGGGGCCCAGGGGCCCCUCGGAGUCGCUUUGGGCCCUGCCCCACCCUAUGGGCCUCCCUGGAGCCUGUCUCGGUGGACACAGCCCGACUGGAGCAUCUGUUCGAGUCCCGGGCCAAGGAUGUGCUACCUUCCAAGAAAGCUGGGGAGGGCCGCCGGACAAUGACCACGGUGCUGGACCCAAAGCGCAGCAACGCCAUCAACAUCGGCCUGACCACGCUGCCGCCUGUGCACGUCAUCAAGGCUGCCCUGCUCAACUUUGAUGAGUUUGCGGUCAGCAAGGACGGCAUUGAGAAGCUCCUGACCAUGAUGCCCACAGAGGAAGAACGGCAGAAGAUUGAGGAGGCUCAGCUGGCCAGCCCGGACAUACCACUGGGCCCCGCUGAGAGUUUCCUGAUGACCCUCGCCUCCAUCGGGGGCCUGGCUGCCCGCCUCCAACUCUGGGCCUUCAAGCUGGACUAUGACGGCAUGGAGCGGGAAAUCGCCGAGCCACUGUUCGAUCUGAAAGUGGGCAUGGAACAGCUGGUGCAGAAUGCCACCUUCCGCUGUAUCCUGGCCACGCUGCUGGCCGUGGGCAACUUCCUCAAUGGCUCCCAGAGCAGCGGCUUUGAGCUGAGCUACCUGGAGAAGGUGUCCGAGGUGAAGGACACGGUGCGUCGGCAGUCACUGCUGCACCAUCUCUGCAGCCUGGUGCUCCAGACCCGGCCUGAUUCCUCCGACUUCUACUCAGAAAUCCCCGCCCUGACCCGCUGUGCCAAGGUGGACUUUGAGCAGCUAGAUGAGAACCUGGGGCAGCUGGAGCGCCGGAGCCGGGCCGCUGAGGAAAGUCUGCGGGGCUUGGCCAAGCACGAACUGGCCCCUGCUCUGCGGAACCGCCUCACACACUUCCUGACCCAGUGUGCCCGCCGGGUUCACAUGCUGAGGGUCGUGCACCGCCGCGUCUGCAACAGGUUUCACGCCUUCCUGCUCUACCUGGGCUACACGGCGCAGGCAGCCCGUGAGGUGCGCAUCACGCAGUUCUGCCACACGCUGCGGGAGUUCGCGCUGGAAUACCGCACCUGCCGGGAGCGCGUGCUGCAGCAGCAGCGCAAACGGGCCACAUACAGGGAGCGCAACAAGACCCGGGGCCGCAUGAUCACUGAGACAGAGAAGUUCUCAGGCGUGGCUGGGGAAGUCCCCAGCCACCCAUCUGUCCCCGUGGCUGUGGGCAGCGGGCCGGGCCGAGGUGAUGCCGACAGUCAUGCCAGCAUGAAGAGUCUGCUGACCAGCAGGCCCGAGGACUCCACACAUGCCCGCCGCAGCAGAGGCAUGGUCCAAGGUAGCUCUCCAGUCAUGGCCACAGCGCCGGGGCCUUCCACCGCCCCCCCUGAGGAGCCCCCUGGCUCCAGCUUACCCAGUGACACUUCCGAUGAGAUCAUGGACCUACUCGUGCAAUCAGUGACCAAGAGCAGCCCGCGGGCCUUGGCUGCUCGGGAACGCAAGCGAUCCCGAGGCAACCGCAAGUCCUUGAGACGAACGCUGAAGAGCGGGCUCGGAGAAGACCUGGUACAGGCACUGGGGCUGAGCAAGGGCACCGGCCUGGAGGUGUGACGCUGUGGCCUGCAGACCUGGACACAGUUGCAGCUCAGGCUACACAGGACUAGUGUGAGGGGGCGCCAGAGGCCAAGCUCUUUGCAACUCCAGGCCUGCCCU